CGCAGCCCGGGUGCACGCAGCCUUCGAGUCGGUUUCUGCCUUCGACAGCGGCGGUGCUUGCUGCGUGGUGGCCAUAUUGAUUUCUGAUUCGUAUGCAACGUUCAGUGCGCGGUAAGCGGUCGUGUAAAACCAAAACGUGAAACGAAGUGAGUAGUGCAUCCGACCUGAUUCGCCCACAACAAACGUCGUCCAAAUGCAGUAAUCCGACUGUGAUUGAUUGAUAAAUCUUUUUUUUUAUCAUAAGCUUUAACUAGCGCCGUUUGCGGAUAACGCACAGCGCGUCGUUCAAAAAAUGGGUCGCAAGAAGAAGAAGCAGUCGAAGCCAUGGUGCUGGUAUUGUAAUAGAGAGUUUGAGGAUGAAAAGAUUCUCAUUCAGCAUCAGAAGGCAAAACAUUUUAAGUGCCACAUAUGUCACAAGAAGCUCUACACUGGGCCUGGUCUGUCCAUCCACUGCAUGCAAGUUCACAAGGAGGCAAUAGACAAGGUGCCAAACUCAUUGCCAAACAGGUCGAAUAUUGAGAUAGAAAUCUAUGGCAUGGAGGGUAUUCCGGCCGCUGACCUGAAAGAGCAUGAAAGGCAAAAGGAUGGUGGCAGAGGUGGUGGUGUGUCUGAUGAUGAUGAUGAUGAACCGAUUGCAAAGCGAACGAAACCUGAAGGUCUCUUGGGUAGUGCACCAGGAGUAAUGCAGGGAAUGCCAGGCAUGGUGCCUGGAAUGAUGCCGCCGCAUAUGGCUGGCAUGCCCCCAGGCAUGCCCAUGGGAAUGAUGCAGAUGGGUCAUAUGCCAUUUAUGCACCAUGGCAUGCCGAUGAUGCCACCUCACAUGAUGAUGCAGCAACAAGGCGGGCCAGCAAAACCGCUGUUUCCUAGUGCCGUGCCUUCUUCGUCUCCUGGCACUGGCGGUGCCAUUGUGGGUGCCGACUUUAAGCCAAUUACGACAGGUGCAACAAUAAGCGCGCCGCCAACGACAAAUCACCUGCACGCGGGAGCGUCACACGACCCCAAUAAGCUGAACACUAUCAGUACUAUCGGCGCCGCGAGCAAAAUCAUCCAUCCAGCCGAAGACGUCUCUUUGGAAGAGAUACGCGCUCGGCAUCCCAGGUACCAGCGUUGUUUACCCCCGAAGAGCAGCUCGGAAUCACCUACAACGCCAAGCACGAGCUCGGCAUCCACAGAGUUGGCGAUGGCUGUGUCAGCCGCUCAGCAGGCGGCCGCACGCCAGCAAGAUCUCAUCCAGGCCCAGGCGGCUAUGAUGCAGCGCUUCCCGAUGCGACCGACGAUCAGCAUCGCCGGCACGCCAGUGCGAAGUAUGUCCAUCGUGGCGCCAAUGCGGCCGAUGGCACUGCCGGGACCAGCCACGCUCCUGGGGGGUCCGAUCAUGCGUCCCCCCAUGGGCAUGCCACCAGAUAUGAAAGAAUCGUCGGUUACUGUAAUGUCAGUUUGGGGCUCGCCCGCCUCCGCCCAGGUAUGAUCGGUAUGCCGCCCGGCAUGCUGUACGGGCCACCGAUGUUCGGCGCCGGUCCAGUCAUCAUGCAACCGCGAUUCAGAUGAUCUCACCAGGCAACGGCGGCCGCAGCCGCACUCGUCGCCGCCGCCGCCUCCAUCGGCUCGCCUGGGGGCACGCUGUUCCUCAACAAGAAGUUGUAAUGUGCGACCGACUCGACCCUGCUACCGCAAGUCUUAACUCUUUAAACUUUAACUCUUAGUAUUUUAAAAUCGCAACACCCUUUUAACAAGUUAGAGAGCGAUCAGUCGACGAAACAGAACAAACGUCAUACAAAAAAAAACACAAUACUAAUAUCAAAGCGAAACUCAAAAUCAAACACUUGAGCAAAAAGGAAAACACAGCACACUGGCCCUUGCCGCUGACGGUGACAGUGAAGUUGCACGGCCGUCGCUCACACCACUCACCCUUUUAAAAGAUUGCAGAUGUGUGCAUGCCACAUGAACGAGUGAAUGUUCUUUUUGUCCCUCGGUGGUGUCGUGCACGCAUUCACCUCAUUGUUAUUUUAUCUACUUUAUACAUUAUUAUUUUUGCUAAUUAGCUGUCCUCCUCCACAAUAUUGGUAUAUACGCUGAUUACGUUUGUUUUUGAUUAUAGGUGAUGAAAAUGUUUUUAACCCGGCAUAUGAUGGCUGGCGGUAUGUAAAUAUUGGGAUUAUUUUAUUUAUACUUAACAUUUCUUAAUAUUUUAUUUAUAAUUUUCGACUAUUAGUUUGUUCUGUUAUUCCGUCAUUGGUUAAGUUAUCUUCUUUUAAUAGUGUGGCGGUGACACGAUGUUGAUGAUUUUUAUACAGGACACUAAAACACUGUUUGCUUAAAAAUGCGAGAAAACGAGCACAGGUUAGUGUUAUUUUUAUUUUUACUUUACUGCGACGCCUUGUACGGGAUCCGUUGUAAUCAUAUAACCACAUUUAUUACCGCAAAAGGUUUGUACAAACGUUCAAGAAAUCAGGCUAUUUACAGUCACAUUUACACAAAUAAUAUAUAUCUCUUCAAAGCGUUUUUGAACGCAACAAAAAAAUUGCAUUUUUAUAAUUUUUGAUGUGACGACCGAAGGUAAGCACGAAAUGAUUGUGACCUUUUCCAUUGUUUCGUUGUGGACGAGGAUGUGAACAAAAAUUACGUUUGGCUCUAUCACUUUAUUUUUCUUUACUUCCUUGCUGUAGAGAGUUUAUUGUUUUGUGCAAUUUUAAUGUUCAAUAAUUAUGUGUCAAUUUCAAUAUGCGGCGGCGAGAUCUCUACGCGUCGAGCGAAAUUCUAUUCAAAUUAUUUAAAUCAGGUCCGAAAUUGCCGCCGCGUUGACAUCUCGCUGUUGCGACAAGGUUUGGAAUACUUUAUGUAAAAUAUAAGCGAAAUUCGAAUAACCCAAAAACAUUCGAAAAGGUAGGUGCCAAGUAGCUCCUAUUAUAAAUGUUUUUGCGAUUAAAAGAAUUGAAAAUUAAAAACGCAAGCAAAUUGCACCCCAAAACAAACAUGCAAAACAAAAGGUAAACAGUUCAAUUAUUAUAAAUUAUUGGAAAUUAUUGUUAUACGCAAAUUAAUGUAUGUUGUAUAAGGUAAUUUUAGACAAGUAUAAGAUGAGACGAAGGUUGCGAUUUGUAUGUGGGAUUAUGGGCGUAAUGAGAACAUUUUUUAGAUGAAUGAUAAGAUUGGCAGGCGACUCAGCGUCACAGCUUGCGCUACAGAGCCCAGCUGUUGGACUGGACAACUCCCUGUUUUGUUUACGACGCGAUUCCAUCCAUCCCUCUAUUUUGAUUUCGGUCACCGAUUGCGCGCCACUCGUACCGCGUUCGCGUUCAAUUCAAUUAGUUCGACAGGACUCGCACUUGCAUUGCGCGCACAGGAAACGCGUCGUACUUCAAAACAGGUGAUUUUCGAUUAAGUCACAGCGAAUUGUUUUUGUUUCAUUUGAUUGUAUGUUACACUCAUGGAGUAUUGAAUGUGGAGGCGAAAUGAUAAUGCUGUUUAACGAGUCUUGUGGAGAAGGUUGCUUCAUUAUGGGGGCCCUCUUUAAAUAGCUGUUGGGUGUCCAGUCCCUUGCCGUUAAUUUAUGAAUCAUAUGAUACCAUGUGGCUUUUAUCCGAUGUGAACAAAACGCAGGCGAUCGUCUUUUAGACGUAAUAGACCAAAGACGAUCACAGGACGUUUUCGCUCCUGUUGGACAUUUCGCGCUAUCUGCAUUCACGCAUCGCGCGACAGCGUGCGAGCGGUGUACGUGCGGGAAGGUCGAAAUGUUCCCUGUCUUGACUUGAAUUCGCUACUCCUAGCUGUUUCUCUUUAAAUGUGUAUUUGAAUUGACUUUGUAGACUUUUCGCAUUUAAAUUUACAACCGAUAUGCAAACAGAAGACAAACAGAGAGCAAACCUAAACAUCUUUACUGACGUUUCACUUUUUGCAGAACAGUAGAUAAUGUAUUUGUUUCCUGAUAAGGAAAGUUAACUUAUAAAUAAAACAAUCAAAGGAAUUAAAGAAGUAAAAAUAAA